UUUUUGCACUUAUGUCGCUAGUGUUUUGUAGCAGUUUUACCGAGUAAUUUAUAUACUCUCUCGAUAAACUGACAGAAAGCGAGAAACGACCUUCAGUUACAUUGGAAUGCGAUCUGACUUUCUAGUGACUGGCUCAUAAAACUCCAGUCAUCUGCCACGCCCCUUUCUUGUGCUGACUGAUGAAGUUUUGAGGAAAACUUACAGACUAAAAGAUGGCAGCGUCAAGUAAGGGCAGUAUGUUGCAUCUGCUUUGCAAGUAUUAUUUCUCCCUAACUAAAUGUAGAAGAGGAGUUACUGCUUUACAUACAAGCUUUUCACACACAAGAAAUACUCACAGCAACGUCUCUGGCACAAAUGUAAAUUUUUUAAUGUUUGAAGCCAGUUCUCCCUAUGGUCUGAGAUCCUACAAAGAACUUUAUGAACUUUCAAUACAAGACCCAGAAACGUUCUGGGGGGCUCUUGCAAAAGAAAGGUUGUUGUGGAGCAAACCGUUCGAUCAGGUAAAAGACUGUGACUUCAGACAAGGCAAGAUAAACUGGUUUUGUGGCGGGCAGCUAAACGUGUCCGUGAACUGCUUGGAUCAACACGCCCACAAGACACCUGACAGGAUUGCUUUGAUCUGGGAGAAAGACGAGCCUGGCACUGAGGUCAAGAUAACAUACAGGGAGCUUUUAGAAACGACCUGCCGGCUUGCUAACACUUUGAGAAGACAUGGCGUGCAGAAAGGGGAACGAAUUGCCAUCUACAUGCCUGUCUCCCCCCUGGCAGUAGCUGCUAUGCUGGCCUGUGCCAGGAUCGGUGCAGUGCACACAGUGGUCUUCGCUGGCUUCAGUGCUGAAGCUCUAGCUGGGAGAAUUCAGGAUGCCCAGUGCAGGGCUGUUAUCACUAGUAACCAAGGAUUGAGAGGCGGGAGGGUGAUAGAACUGAAGAAGACCGUUGACGAAGCCGUGAAGACGUGCCCCACAGUGAAACAUGUGUUUGUGGCCAACAGAACAGAAAACAAAGUGCCCAUGAGUGAAAUCGAUAUCCAGCUUGAGGAAGAAAUGGCGAAGGAGUCUCCCGUGUGUGACCCUGAGGUCCUGAGGAGCGAGGACAUGCUGUUCAUGUUGUACACUUCAGGAAGCACCGGGAAACCCAAGGGAAUCGUCCACACUCAGGCAGGGUACCUGCUGUAUGCUGCACUCACACACCAGUACGUCUUUGACUACCGGCCAGGGGACGUCUUUGGCUGUGUGGCAGACAUUGGCUGGGUCACGGGCCACAGCUACGUGGUGUACGGCCCUCUUUGCAAUGGUGCCACCACUGUCCUCUUCGAGAGCACUCCUGUUUAUCCAGACCCUGGUCGAUACUGGGAGAUGGUGCAGCGCUUGAGAAUUAAUCAGUUUUAUGGUGCCCCCACUGCUAUCCGGCUCCUGCUGAAGUAUGGGGAGAGCUGGGUGAAGAAGUAUGACCGGUCCUCCCUGAAAACAUUGGGGUCUGUGGGUGAACCAAUCAAUAACGAAGCUUGGGAGUGGUUCUAUAAUGUAGUUGGAGAUGGGCAGUGCACUCUGGUGGAUACCUGGUGGCAGACGGAGACUGGAGGAAUCUGCAUCAGCCCGAGACCAUCCGAGCAAGGAGCAGAGAUUGUCCCUGCCAUGGCAAUGAGGCCUUUCUUUGGGAUCCAGCCUGUGUUGAUGGAUGAAAAGGGUAACCGAGUAGAAGGGAAUAAUGUCUCUGGAGCCCUGUGCAUUGGUCAGCCGUGGCCUGGCAUGGCAAGAACUAUUCACGGAGAUCACCAGAGAUUCGUGGACUCUUAUUUGAAAGAUUAUCCAGGGCACUAUUUUACUGGCGAUGGUGCUCACAGAUCUAAGAAAGGGUAUUACCAGAUUACGGGCCGGAUGGAUGAUGUCAUCAAUAUCAGUGGUCAUCGACUAGGUACAGCAGAGAUUGAGGAUGCCAUGGAUGAGCAUCCUGAUGUUCCAGAAACAGCAGUGAUUGGCUUUCCUCAUGAUAUUAAAGGUGAAGCUGCAUUUGCUUUUGUGGUAUUAAAAGAUAACAUUUCCCUUACUGAGUCGGCAGUUGUUGAUGAGCUUAAGGCUAUUGUGGCUUCCAAAAUAGCCAAAUACGCUGUGCCUGAUCAUGUUUUGAUAGUGAAACGACUUCCAAAAACACGAUCUGGAAAAAUCAUGAGAAGGGUGCUGAAGAAGAUAGCAACCAACCAAACCAGUGAGCUGGGAGACAUAACAACCUUGGAUGAUCCCAGUGUGAUCACAGAGAUAGUGGAGGCAUAUAAGAAGUACAAAGGCCAGUCAUAGAAGGUGUCAUCAUAGCAAAACAUUAGCUCUGUAUUGAAGCCCUUUUCAUAUUGAGAACAGUAAAGUUGGGGCCUAAUUUGAGUAAUGGCAUGUUUUUGGUAGAGAAAUGGUUCUAAAAUAAUUACUGUCUUGUACUUGCUUGUCCAAGUAUUGGCUGGCAGCACUGACCAAAUGUAGCAACUUUAAGGGCAAAUACAACAACCCAACAAAUAUAUAUAUAGUGAAAGAUUUUGCUAAUUUUAAGGUUCGGAUCCCCUUAAAAUCAGACCCAGACAUAAGAAUUUGUAAAUAGCUUUUUUAAAUAGGACUUUCAUGCCAUUUUAUUAAUUACAGAAAUAAAAGACAAAUUGAAAAAACAAAAACAAAACCUAACUCCGUUUUGGAGCGCUAACUAAACUUUUUGGGAAAAUCCCUAAUUAUAAACCGGACGGCUACACCGUUUACCGGUAAAACAAAAUGGUUUCUAAACACACACAAACCAGAAGGCUCACACGGUACCUUUAAGUUAAACCACCCAGGUUUCUGAGAGAGAGAGAGAGAUAGAGACAGAGAGAGGCUAACUUAACUAUUACGAAUCCUACUUAUAACAAACACACGUUUUUAAUGAUCCCAACUGCAAGAACUGAUUUUUUCAAUGAAAAUUAUCCCUAUUAGAACAGUCACCUACAGGAUUGACCCGGUUACAACGAUCCCAGUACUGACUGACGCUGAACUUUCUCCAGUGUCAAGUGUGUUGUUGUUUCAGUGAAAACAAAGACCAUGGUUGUCUAAUUCAAAGAUGGCCUAUCGUAGUACAAAUCAUGCAUGACGAAUGAAAUCGUUGCCUGUCUGUCAUCCUCGCACAAACUGCAACCAGUCAACGCACGUGAGGAGCAAUCUACGCUGGAUAGUUUUUUCAAGAGAAAGGAAAUGUAAUGGCUGUAUUCAGCAUGUAAGUGUACAUUCUUUACUUUUUCAUUUCUUUACUGUUUUGUACCACAGGGGGGAAUUAGUGUUGGUCUAACACAGUGCUCACCCGUUAUAACGCGCCUCGUUAUAGUGUUGAAUUGGUUAUAACAUGGUAGGGUCGUAGCUCCCAUUUGCUCCAUAAUGCCAUUACUUUAGCCCAUUUAUACUCGUUAUAAGACGGAACACAAAUAGCACGGUCUCCCUAUGGCUCCCCAUUAUAAAGGGUGAGCAUUGUGUGUGUGUGUGUGUG